CGCGUCGCGUCGCUCCAAUGCGUUUCUAGGGCGUCUCAAGUGCUUUAUAGACGUGUCGCGUCGCCGUCCACAGCCUUCACCUUCUGCUGCCAUACAUGGACAGCGGUAGCACUCCCCUCCCUUCCUUCGUCGAGCUGAUGGCUACGCUGGGGCUGGACUCGAAGCAGCCCUGUUCGCCUUCCUCACGACAGCAUACACGGUCCUCGUCUGAGUCCAUGUCGUCCCCUAUUCCUGCGAUCAUGGCCGCCACUCCCCCCUCUCCUACGAGGGCGGCGCCGACAAAGGCGAAGUCGACACCCUCGCUGCGCGAGGCUAGCUCCCUACGCAGCAAGAACACACGCUUCGCGCCAUAUGAAUCGCCGACGACCACAACUAGACGCCUGAAUUCGUCGUCGCCCGAGUUGGAGGCACGCCAGCCACUGCGGCUGCGCAGACACGCAGGGAAUGGCAAUCUGACUGUGCACGUCCACGGACCUCACGACUCCCCACCUCGGCUGACGGCAAGCACGCCGAUCUCCAGCUACGUCCGGCGAAAGACGCCCACCUCCCCAGCGUUCCGGCGGACUCCUACCCCCGGCCUCUCACCGAUGGGUUCGAUGACACUGCCCACACUCCCGCCCUUCUUCCCGUCAUCACCGAGCUCCGUCGACUCGCUCCCAAUUACGCCCAAGUCGGCGAAGGAGGGCGAGGCGAUGCAGUCCCUGCACACCGUAUCCGACGCGCUCACAAAGCCCGCGCUCGAUGCCAAUAACGUGGAGACAGUCGCCGCACCCCCGCGGCGCAUCUACCCGACCGGCAUCCGCAUCUCGACGCCGCCCUACGCGCUGGACCACCACGCCGAACCGCAUACCCGCCGCCGCAUCCCCUCAGCAUAGGCUCUCCAUUGUCCAUAGUAUCCCCGCGGCGCCCGCUACCGCCGCUGUCAUCUUGUUUGUCCCCCGUUCGUGUACUAUAGCCAGCUGUUUUGGAUAGCCUCCGUGCGUUGUAUUAUCAUCUGUGCUCUUGACAAUCGAGUUGACUGUCUGAUAUCUGACAUAGCUGUCGCUCGUUUGCGCGCUCGCGUUCCCUGGUCCAAAUUAUCCUCAUCUCUCAAGUAAUCAUCUCCACGCUCCUUUCGUCUCCAUCACGCUCCUUUUGCCUCCACGCUCGCUUUACCCCACACUCAUUUAGUCGCCAUCCCCUCUCGCUGC